CAGAAAUCCCUCCUUGUCUUUCUCUCUCAAAACCCCCAAUUUCAGAAAAAUCCCCAAUUCAAAACCCUAACUUACACAACCUUUAUCCCUUUUUCCUAAUUCGAAAUCAGAUCCUUCAAAUUUCAAUCGACGUUGGAUUUUGGGAAAUUGGGGAUUCGAUUACUUCUGGGGUCGUUUUGAGACUCAGAGGAUUUCUCUGAGAUCGGAAAUAAUCGAGAAGCAUCUUAAGAUGUCUGCAAUUGUGUGUGGAAAGAGAUCUUUUUUUGAAGAACAAACUUCCACCACACCUGUCUCUAAGAAGCUUCGUUGUUCGUCUUCUUCCCCUGUUCGAUUCUCGCCAUUUUCGCCUCCGUCUCCGCCGCCGAGGAGCUCUCUUCUUGAUAAGCUCAGGGAAGCCUUCCCUCGCAUGGACCAUCAGACUCUAGAAAGAGCUCUGGAUGAAUGUGGUGAUGACAUAGAUGCUGCAAUUAAAAGACUGCAUGAGUUAUGUUUAGGAUCCUCCGAGGAAAAUCCGGGUUCUGUGAAUCAUGAGGAAGCACAUGUGGAACAAGGUGGUUUUUCUGCGCAGCAACAAGCUGUUCCUAGUGCUGAUUCUUCUGCCCAGAGCAACCUCCCAACAGAUGGUGCUCAAUGGGUGGAAUUAUUUCUUAGAGAGACGGUGGGUGCAACUACUGUAGAUGACUUGCGAUCCCGUAUUGUUAAGGUGUUGGAAGUUCUAGAGAAAUCAAUAAGGGAUAGUGCAACUGCUGAGGCUACAGAGAAUUAUCAGAAGGAAAAUAUGAUGCUGAAGCAGCAAAUUCAGGCACUUAUGAAUGAUAAUGGUAUCCUUAAACGUGGUAUUCAAAUUCAGCAUGAGCGACAAAAGGAGUAUGAUGAUAAGAACCAAGAAGUGCAGCAACUGAAGCAGCUACUUCCACAAUAUCAGGAGCAGUUGAGGAGACUCGAGAUUACUAAUUAUACGCUGAGUAUGCAUCUCAAGCAAGCUCAACAAAGCAGCUCUAUUCCUGGACAAUUUCAUCGAGAUGCUUUUUAAGUUAAAGAUGUAAUAACUGUAGUAUGAAUAGGUUAAGAAUUACCUAUGUAAGGCCUUGUUUAGAAUUUUAGAAGCCCUAAGCUAAAAUUUGGAGGGCCUUAAUAUGUUACUCUUUAUAUUAUUCUUCUAAAUUUAUGGUCGAGUUGAUCAGAUGUAAUGAUAAAUUUAUUUGCUUUUAAAAAAGGAAAAGAACAAUAUUGAUAGAAGGAGAUGUGUACAAUCUUUUCGCGGUUGCAAGGAAAAUGUAGCAACUUUUUUUUUUUU